GUAUUAGUCAGAGAACUUGUGUAUUUAAUUGAUCGGAAAAACGUGGUUGAUGAAGAAACACCUAGAGAGAGAGAGAAUGGUCGUGUCGCCUUCGAAGAUUCUUCGUUUCCACGUUUGAUAGGGAGAUUCGGCAUUGUACAUAGAUCGAUUCAUUUGGAGAACAAAGUAUUCUGGAUUUUUCUGAACUUGAGGGUAUUCGCGUUGGGAUUACGACUUGCGUUGUCUCAAAAUUGGAUUAUAGGUGGAGGGGAGAGAGAGAGAGACAGAGAAGAAAUUUCUGCGAUUCGGACGGUUUGGAUCCGAUCGGAGGAGAGACAGCGCCACCGGAUGGCGCUGUUCCGUCGCUUCUUCUACAAAAAGCCUCCGGAUCGGCUUCUCGAGAUCUCGGAGCGUGUUUAUGUUUUUGACUGCUGUUUCUCGAGCGAUGUUAUGGGAGAGGAUGAGUACAAAGUAUACUUGGGUGGUAUCGUGGCGCAGCUGCAGGAUCAUUUCCCGGAGGCCUCUUUCAUGGUGUUUAACUUUAGAGAAGGAGAACAGCGGAGUCAGAUAUCAGAUGUGUUGUCUCAAUACGACAUGACGGUCAUGGAUUAUCCUCGGCAGUAUGAGAGUUGUCCGCUUUUACCUCUCGAAAUGAUCCAUCACUUCCUAAAAUCGAGCGAGAGCUGGUUGUCGUUGGAAGGUCAACAAAAUGUUCUGCUGAUGCACUGCGAAAGAGGUGGUUGGCCAGUUCUUGCCUUCAUGCUAUCAGGGCUUCUUUUGUACCGAAAGCAGUAUCAAGGCGAGCAGAAGACUCUUGAGAUGGUACACAAACAGGCUCCCAAGGAGCUUCUUCAUCUACUGUCUCCUCUAAACCCGCAGCCUUCUCAGCUCAGAUAUCUUCAGUACAUUUCUAGAAGAAACUUAGGCUCUGACUGGCCUCCUUCAGACACGCCUCUUCUUUUGGACUGCUUGAUUCUCAGAGAUCUCCCGCAUUUUGAAGGGAGAAAAGGUUGCAGACCGAUUCUACGUGUCUAUGGUCAGGACCCUAAAGCCCGAGCCAACAGGAGUUCCAUAGUUCUCUUUUCCACGCCAAAGACUAAGAAACACACUCGCCUCUACCAACAGGAAGAAUGUAUCCUGGUGAAAUUAGAUGUCCAGUGCCGUGUUCAAGGGGAUGUUGUUCUGGAAUGUAUACACUUGCAUGAUGAUUUGGUGCGUGAGGAGAUGGUCUUUAGAAUCAUGUUCCACACGGCGUUCGUACGUGCUAAUAUUUUGAUGGUCCAACGCGAUGAGAUGGAUAUACUUUGGGAUGCCAAGGAGCAGUUCCCAAAGGAAUUUAAGGCAGAGGUACUUUUCUCUGGUGCUGAUGCUGUGGUGCCUACUAUUGCUACAGCCCCAAUAUCAGACGAUGAGAACGACUUCGAUAUGACUUCACCUGAAGAAUUUUUUGAGGUGGAGGAGAUUUUUAGCGAUGUGAUUGAUGGGCCUGACCAUAAGAGAGACUCGGAUAGUUUUGUGGUUGUUGAUUCUGCUUCAGAUGAUUCUGAGGGUAAAGAGGUGUGGAAGGGGGAAGUGGAACCCAAUGCGUUUUUAGAUUGUGCAUCUGAUGAUUCAAAUCAUAAACAUGCAUCAUCUGAUGAUUCAAAUCAUAAACAUGAUCUGCAUGGGGAGGCUAACACAGAUCCAGUCAAAGAUAUCACUGUUGAUGAUGUACAGUAUAGGUCAGAUGGGAAGGCAGAUUCCAAUGUCGACUCAGUGAAGGAUAUAGGAAUAGAUGAUGGUGAUGAGCAGCGAAAAAGAAAGACCAUAGAAGCAAAGGAAAAUGAUUCUAGAACAGCAGAGACUGAACACAAAGGUGAUGGAGAAGGCAAUAUAUCGGAGAAUGAUUCGGAGCCUACAACUCAGAAAACAAAUACCGAUUUCAGCAACCCCACAUCUGAAAAAACACAAGCUACACCAAGGAAACAGGUCGGAGCAAAUGCAAAACUGGCUGGAGAUCCACUCAAACCAAAGUCUAAGCAGCAAGAAACUCAGGGUCCUAAUGUCAGAAUGGCUAAGCCUAAUGCAGUUUCUCGAUGGAUUCCUUCAAAUAAGGGCUCAUAUAAAGAUUCUAUGCAUGUGGCGUAUCCUCCGACAAGGAUCAACAGUGCUCCCGCUUCAAUUACCACGUCUAAGGAUGGUAAAAGAGCUACAUCACCACCUGAUGGUGUGAUUCCAAAGGAUGCUAAGACUAAAUAUCUGAGAGCGUCUGUUUCUUCACCAGAUAUGAGGAGUCGAGCACCAAUUUGCUCAUCACCAGAUUCUAGUCCGAAGGAAAGGCCGCCUUCUCUACCUCCUGCCUCUCCACAUCAGGCGCCUCCACCACCUCAGCAUCCACCUCCAGCCCCGCCUUCUCUAACCAGUGAGGCUACAUCAGUUUUUGACUCUUCACAGACGACUGCAUCACCGAGUCAAAAUGACAGCCACUCUCAAACAUCUCAGAUCCCACCACCUCCUCCGCCACCUCCAUUUGCAUCUGCGAGACCAAACAGUGGAACCAUGUUGCCUCCACCACCACCACCACCUCCUCCUUUUGCAUCUGAGAGACCAAAGAGUGGAACCGUUUUGCCACUAUCUCCACCUUGGAAGUCUGUGUAUGUUUCAGCUUUGGCAACUCCUACGACAUGUUCUACUUCUCAACCUCCCCCACCACCUCCUCCUCCGCCUGCAUACUUAUCACUGGGCCAAACCCGCAGCCACUCUCAAACAUCUAAACUCUCAUUGCCACCGCCUCCUCCACCUCCACCUCCUUUUGCAUCUGUGAGGGGAAACAGUGAAAUCAUGUUGCCUCCGCCACCACCUCCACCACCUUGGAAGUCUGUGUAUGCUUCCACUCUUGAAACUCAUGAUUCUCCAGCAGUACCUCCUCCUCCAUCUUUACCUUAUAUGAGUAUUGCACCUGCGCCAUCACCCAAGGCCUCUGGUUUUUCUGCUCCUCCUCUACCUCCUCCACCACCUCCUCCUCCAUUUAGUAAGGCAUAUUCAGUCUCUCCACCUCAACCUACACCUCCUCCGAGUUAUGGAUCUCCACCUCCACCUCCUCCUCCUCCUUUUGGUCAUGUACGUUCAACUCUUCCGCCACCGAGUCAUGGAGCCCCUCCUCCUCCACCACCUCCUCCUUUUGGUAAAACUUCACCUCCGCCACCACCACCACCCCCUCCUUUUGGUAAAACUUCACCUCCCCCACCACCACCCCCUCCAUUUGGAUCUAGUGGACCUCCGCCUCCACCACCACCUCCAUUUAGAUCUGGCGGACCUCCGCCUCCACCACCACCUCCAUUUAGAUCUGGCGGACCUCCGCCUCCACCACCACCUCCAUUUAGAUCUGGUGGACCUCCGCCUCCACCUCCUCCACCACCAAUGGGUGCUCCGCCUCCACCACCACCUCCAAUGUAUGGAGCACCACCUCCACCACCUCCUCCGAUGCGUGGAGGAGCACCACCUCCACCACCUCCUCCGAUGCGUGGAGGAGCACCACCUCCACCACCUCCCCCGAUGCGUGGAGGAGCACCACCUCCACCACCUCCCCCGAUGCGUGGAGGAGCUCCCCCGCCACCACCUCCCCCGAUGCGUGGAGGAGCCCCACCUCCUCCUCCACCUCCUGGUGGUAGAGGUCCUGGGGGACCGCCGCCUCCACCACCUCCUGGUGCUCGUGCUCCUGGUCCACCUCCGCCUCCUGGACCAAGACCUCCUGGUGGUGGACCUCCUCCACCUCCUGGACCAAGACCUCCGGGUGGUGGACCUCCUGAUCUUAAAGGUGCAGGAAGAGGGCGUGGUCUUCCACGUCCAGGUUUGGGGUCUUCAGCUCAAAAAAAGUCUUCUCUGAAGCCUUUACACUGGGUUAAAGUAACAAGGGCCUUGCAGGGAAGCUUGUGGGACGAGUUACAGAGGCAUGGAGAAGGACAAACUGCACCAGAAUUUGAUGUAUCAGAAAUAGAGACCCUUUUCUCUGCUACGGUGCAAAAACCGGCUGAUAAAUCUGGAAGUCGAAGAAAAUCUGUCGGGGCAAAGCCUGAAAAAGUUCAACUGAUCGACCUUAGAAGAGCCAAUAACACGGAAAUUAUGCUUACGAAAGUGAAGAUGCCGCUGCCUGAUAUGAUGGCUGCAGUUCUGGCAAUGGAUGAUACUGUACUAGAUAUUGAUCAAAUAGAGAAUCUUAUAAAAUUUUGUCCAACCAAGGAAGAGAUGGAACUUCUUAAGAACUACACUGGUGAUAAGGCAACCUUGGGAAAGUGUGAGCAGUACUUCCUAGAACUAAUGAAGGUGCCACGAGUAGAAUCGAAGCUGAGAGUAUUUUCCUUCAAGAUUCAGUUCCGCACACAGAUAACAGAAUUCAAAAAAAGUUUAAAUGCGGUAAAUUCUGCGUGUGAGGAGGUCCGUACUUCACAAAAGCUAAAAGAAAUAAUGAAAAAGAUUCUUUACCUGGGGAACACAUUGAACCAAGGAACUGCGAGGGGCGCUGCAGUGGGAUUCAAGUUGGACAGUUUAUUAAAAUUAAGCGAUACACGUGCUGCUAACAGCAAGAUGACUCUCAUGCAUUAUCUUUGCAAGGUCCUUGCUUCAAAGGCAUCAGUUCUACUGGACUUCCACAAGGAUCUUGAAAGUCUUGAAGCAGCUUCAAAGAUACAAUUGAAGUCGCUGGCUGAAGAAAUGCAAGCUAUAAUCAAAGGAUUGGAAAAACUGAACCAGGAGCUCACUGCAUCCGAAAGUGAUGGUCCUGUUUCUGAAGUUUUCCGGAAAACACUGAAGGAGUUCAUAUCCAUUGCUGAGACUGAAGCGGCAGCUGUAUCGAGUCUUUAUGGCGUCGUGGGAAAUAAUGCCGAUGCACUUGCGUACUAUUUUGGCGAGGAUCCCAAACGGUGUCCAUUUGAACAAGUGACUGCGACCCUCUUGACUUUUAUAAGGUUGUUCAAGAAAGCACACGAAGAGAAUAUCAAGCAAGUGGAGUUGGAGAAGAAGAAAGCCGCUAAGGAAGCGGAAAUGGAGAAGGCGAAAGGAGUCAGUCUCACUAAAAAAGCAGUUGAUAAUAGCUGACCCAGAAAACUUAAUAUAUUAUUUUCGCAAAAAAAUCCCGCCUUAAUCUCUCAAGCGAGCCAAGGUGGUUUUUGAUGCCAGCGGAGGCGGUGCUGUUCAAGUGUGUAACCUUUCCGCAAAGCGGCAUGGGGCGGUUUGUGCGGUUGAAACAGGGCUCGGGUCCUACUGGGAGCGCAUCGCUUGGGCGGGGCUAUCGAGGAACCAACCCACAAGAUAAGAGACAGGUCUCUUUUCCACUCACGUUUACAUUACUGAUUCCACAUUGACUAAUUCUAACUUGUAAAUUAGGAAUUCUUUCUUGUUAUUUUUUAGAGGAAUUUUUGGUAGAUUGAAAUGUUGUAUAGGUUUCAGGUAGAGACAGAGAGAGAGAGAAAGAUGUAGAACAUUUUGUCUGGUUAGUGUGUAACUUUGUAUCUUACCUCGAUGUCAAUGUUCUUUUUAGGAUUCAGACGAAUGAACAACAAAUAAUUUCGAAUUGUUUCUCCCAACCGUCAUGGUUUUGUCGGUUCGAGAUGAUCUACUACCUCCAG